ACGAAAAUAAAGAGAAAUUAAAUUUUAGUUGUAACUGCUUGUAAUAAUUCUUUCAAUUACAUUUGUGAUUUAAAAUUUUUAUAAUGGCGAAGGGAUUGGAAACGUUAAAAAGACUUAUGAAUGAAUCAAAGUUUGUGAACGAAAAUUCUACACCAGAAAAUAUUUUUCAUACUUUUCAAAAAGCAAAAGAUAAGACUUAUCAUACAAAAUUAGUGACUAUCAUAAAAAUUCUAUCAAAAAAUCAACCUAAUGGAAAAGAGCAUCUGGCUGAAUUCUGCGAGCUGUUAGAAAGGAAGCCACCUAUGUACUGCCUUUUUAAUUUUUUAAACCAUUAUUCAGAAACAAAAAUAACUUCGCCUUCCAUUGUAAGUUCAUCUAAGCAAGUGGAAGUUUCAAAGAUUAGCACACCAAAUGUGUCAAAUAUUAAAGAAAGGAUUGUUCAAGCUGCUUCUUCAACUAUUACCAAAAAUUCAACAGGAGAACAAUUUGGUCUGGGUUACACAUUUGCAUCAUCUAAUAAAAAUCAGACUGAUACUGUACUGUGGGAAAUGCCAAAAUUAGAUGUUUUGCAAUUUCAACAAAUUAAUAUCUCAGCCGUCCCUAAAGUCAGUCAAGAAACUCUUUUAUUAUAUGAUCUCAUAUAUUGUUUGAGUGGUAUGCAAGGAACAUAUAUAGUACCCGAAGAAACUAUUGAAGGCGAUAAAGUGGAAAUAAGGUUUAAAGUUUCGGACCAAAUUGACAGCUCUCUUAGAAAUUUGGCACAAGAAAUUUUGCCUUUGGCAUCUUACUUCUUAUGUGUUCAAAAAUUUAUUUUAGAAGCAUCUGUAUUAGAUUGCGGCCAGGUCUUACAAGCUUUAGGAGCUGCUUUACGCGCAUUAUCGAAUGAUUACUAUCUUCUUUUAUCUCAACUUGAAUCAGAAUUAUCAAACGGUAAUUUAACACUUUAUAAUUUAUAUUAUUAUACCCGUCCAACUUUUGAUGCAAUGGAAGUAAUCGCUGGUGUUUUAUCGGAAAUAAUCAUGAAUAAAUUAAAAGGUGGUCGUGUUUUAACUCUUCUGUAUGAUAAAAUUAAUUGUUUAACUGGAAGAGAAGAUUCACAAAAAAUAUUGAUAAGUUUGACACAAAGUGUAUCUGUCCCUUACAUGGAUAUAUUGCAACUAUGGAUUCAAAAAGGUGUUAUAAACGACCCUCAGCAAGAAUUUUUAGUUGAAGAUAAUGAAGUUAUUCGUCGCGAAGAAUUGCCCGAGAAUUAUUCUGCUGAUUAUUGGGAAAAAAGAUAUACGUUAAGAAGGGAGAGAAUACCAAGUUUCUUAGAAAAAGUAUCAGAUGUUAUUUUACGUACUGGAAAAUAUUUAAAUGUUAUUAGGCAAUGCGGGAAAAAAGUAACUUUACCACAAGCAAUCAGUUUACAAUUUUCUCCAACAAAUAAUAAUUAUAUUAAUGUUAUACAAAAUGCAUAUCAUUUUGCUUCUAAAAAUUUGCUUGAAGUCUUACUUAAAGAAAAUGAUUUAAUGGGACAUUUAAUGUCAGUUAAGCGCUAUCUUUUGCUAUAUCAGGGAGAUUUUAUAACGCAAUUUAUGGAUGCUUGUGAAGAUGAAUUAGCUAAAAAUGUUGAUAAGGUGCUUCCAAUGAAAUUAGAAAAUUUAUUGGGGCUUACAUUACGUUUAUCUUCCGCCAAAAAUGAUCCGUAUAAAGAUGAUUGGCAUUGCGAACUUCUAAUUAAUGAUUUAGAUACUCAAAUAACUAAAAUAAUGAUAAAAAAAGAAGAUUAUUGGAAAUCUCAUGAUAGUUUAAAUUUGGUUGGAUUAGAGUGUUUUGCUUUUCGUUAUGAAGUGAAAUGGCCUGUUUCAUUAGUUUUAAAUCAUAUUGCCAUAUCAAAAUACCAAAUGCUAUUUAGACAAUUGUUUUAUUGCAAACAUGUAGAACGUCAAUUAUGCAAAAUAUGGAAGGAAAACAGUAGUGCUAAAAAAUUUCCCUCAAGUGUUGCAGAACAAUAUAGAUCUGCAUUUACUUUACGCCAAAGAAUGAUGAAUGCCGUUCAAAACAUUGAAUAUUAUAUGAUGAUUGAAGUUAUUGAACCAAAUUGGCAUGUCUUUAUUGAAAAAAUGAAUAAUGUGGAAAAUGUUGAUGAAGUUUUAAAUGUACAUCAAGAUUUUCUUGAUCAGUGCAUCAGAAAUUGUAUGCUGACAUAUCCGCACGUUUUAAGAUCUAUAAUAAAAUUAUGUAAAAUUUGCUUGAAUUUUUGUGAAUUUAUACAAAAGAAUCAGCGUCAUUUUUUUGAUGCUGAAUUAAAAUCAAUGAUAUGUGAAGAUGAAGAAGAAUCUGAAUCGGAAAAAGAAACUUCUACUCAGUUACAGACUGAAUCAUCUUUGGCUCCUUCUGAUACAUUUUCUGAAAGGGUAAAACGUUUUGAUCUUGAAUUUACUGGAUUAUUAAUUGGACUAUUAAAGCAAAUAAAUGAAGUUGCUACUGAAAAUUCUGCAGAUCGUUGCAUUAAUUUAGUACAUCGCAUAAAUUUUAACUCAUUUUACAAUGAACAAAUGGAAAAAUUGUGUGCCAAAGAUGCUAUGCCUUCCCAUCAUUAAUUUUUUUUUUU